AAUACACAGUAGGAACAGAGAGGUUUCAAGUAAACCAAUGUAAAAAGCAGCACUAUCUUUAGGCCUCUGUAGCAUCUCAGCAAGGAAUGGCCCAUCUCCUGGAUCUUUUUACACUACAGCUGCUGUUUGGUUUCUUUACACCGUGUCUCCUUGAGAUCGCUUCAACUGAUCAUUUAUCUGUCCCUCCUGGAGAGAACAUCACCCUGCUCUGUAACAUCACUAAUUAUUCUGAGAUAUCGUGGUAUCGACUGAGAUCUGAGGAGGUGAAGCUGCUGAUAUCUGCUGAAAAAUUAAAGCUGAAGAAAACCUUUUCCCUCAGUUAUAAUGUGAACAAGAGUCACUUUGAUAUGACAGAAAGCAGCAGUUCAGUCAGUUUAGUGAUUAUUGGAGUUAGAGAGACAGAUCUGGGAUUUUAUUUCUGUGGAGGUCGAAACAGAACGACACACAUUCAGUUUGGGAAACUCAUCAGACUGGAUUUUAAAGCUGACCAACAUGGUGGGUCUGAUAACGCAUCUGAUCAAGAUACCCAGCAGUCUACAGGAGCAGCGCUCUGGAUUAUAAUGUCUGUGUGUCUGGUCUCCAUCCUAAUAAACAUCAUCUGCAUGUGUGUGUUCUGCUGCAAAAUCAAAGGAAAGUCAGUAUUGUCAGGCAACAACUGCAGUAAAACCACAGACUCCACUGAAAAGGAAGAAAAUAUUCAUUAUGCCAGCAUCCAGUACAAAAGAAGGUCCAGAGCAGCUGCUAAGAAAAACACAGCAUCAGAUUCGGACAGUGUGAACUACGCAACAGUCGCCUCACAGCCUCGGAGACACUGACCAGCACAAGGUGUCACAAAUUUAAUAUUAUCAUACAUCAUAUCAAUAUCAACAUCAUAAAAUGUGCUGUUCCCUCUGGCUCUCAUCUUUAUUUGUUUUAAAUAGGUUAUUUAGUUGACAAUGCAUUAUUUAAAAUGAACUGUUUUGGACUAAAUAUUUGGAAUUAAUGAAUAAACAUUAUGAGAAUCAUCUGUAUCUUAAAAAAAUCUGUGUGUAUAUAAGGCCUAAAUAAACCCAGCCUCAUUCACUGAUUGAAAAAGAGUGACCCAGAGCUUCUGGGAUUCUGAUGGAGAUAAAAACCAUGAUGUAACUGGUUACUGAUGUCUCUGUCUAUGUUAAUAAAUAGUAGAUAAAUAGCUCCAGUUACAAACUCAUGGAAUACUCCAAAGUUAAUUAAUGAUUGAUGUAAUGCCCAUCUUGAGCACUUGAUGUUAAUGUAUAUGUAAAAAUGCACAAAUAAACUGAAAUGGUUAAAAUAUGAAUCUCUAGUCCA